AUGUCCCCUCCAGAAAAUGCAGAGGCCGUAGGGCCUCCAUCGCCGCCGAACGGUGAUACAUCUGUGGAUCGCUCAGCGGACGGAUUGAAAGAGGACCAGUCGCCACUAGACCAGGUGACAAGCCACUCUGAAUCCUAUCCCGAAGGACUCAAGUUGGUUCUGCUGUUGGCCAGUAUCUAUCUUUCCAUCUUCUUGGUCGCUCUCGACCGUACAAUCAUUGCAACUGCUCUCCCCAAGAUCACCGAUCAUUUCCAGAGCUUUGGCGACACAGGCUGGUACAACGCCGCCUUCUUACUCCCGGCCACUGGACUUCAGCUCUUCUUUGGACGGCUGUAUACAUUUUAUUCUCCGAAAUGGAUUUUCAUCAGCCUUGUUUUCGUGUUCGAGGUCGGGUCUGCGGUCUGCGGAGCGGCACCGAGUUCCGUGGGAUUCAUCUGGGGCCGGGCCGUAGCUGGUCUCGGAGCUGGAGGUCUGAUCAAUGGAGCCAUGAUCUUGAUGAUGUAUGCCGCACCUCUUCAGCGCCGUAGUUUACUGAUGGGGGUUCUCGGCGCUGUUUUUGGUAUAGCGUCGGUUGCAGGUCCUCUACUAGGUGGUGUAUUCACCACCAAGGUUACCUGGAGAUGGUGCUUCUACGUCAACCUACCUAUCGGGGCAGUGGUAUUGGUCUUCCUGAUCUUGGUUGUCGAAGAGACCACCCCGGCUCUCGGAUCACUCCCCGUGAAAGAGAAAAUUACCCGUGUUGACAUUCCCGGAACGCUUGUCUUUGUCCCAUGCAUUGUCUGUCUGCUUCUGGCACUUCAGUGGGGUGGGCAAACAUACGCCUGGUCAGAUGGCCGCAUCAUCGCCCUCUGGGUGCUCUUUGGGGUGCUCCUCAUUGUUUUCAUCGCCAUCCAGUUUUGGCAACAGGAGUCCGCCACUGUACCGCCACGCAUUGCAAAACAGCGCACUGUCGCAUCCGCAACUUUCUACAGCUUCUGUCUCGGAUCGGCAUUUUUCAUCAUUGUUUACUAUCUUUCCAUAUGGUUUCAGGCGAUCAAGGGCGAUUCGGCCAUCACCUCAGGAUACUCCACCCUCCCUUUCAUCCUUUCUCUUGUCAUUGCCUCGAUCAUGGCUGGCAUCUUUGUCAGCAAAGUCGGCUACACCAAUCCUGUAAUACUUGCCGGGGGCAUUCUUGUACCGAUCGGUACAGGUCUCUUCACCUUAUUCACGCCCCAUACGGGUCAUUCGAUGUGGAUCGGUGUCCAGGUACUGUUCGGUUUAGGCGUCGGGCUCGGAUUGCAACAGACGAAUAUCGCCGCUCAAGCCGCCUUGGACAAGAAAGAUGCGCCAACCGGGGUCUCACUUGUCUUUUUCGGCCAAGGGCUAGGUGGGAUUAUUGCCGUCGCGCUCGGACAAAAUGUCCUUGAUAAUCAGCUUAUCAAACGACUUCGGCACAUUGGAGGCAUCAGCGCCCAGGACGUGGUCAGCACUGGCGCGACUGAAUUGAGGAACGUAUUCUCGAAGGAGCAGCUUCCCAGUGUGAUCGAGGCCUACAACAGGGCCAUUGUCAUCGUGUUCUAUUGUGCCCUUGCCUUUGCCUGCAUAGCGAUCUUCGGGGCCCUCGCCAUGGAAUGGAAAUCGGUCAAAACGACGGAAUCCGGUGCGAAGGACGAAGAGAAACAAGAGGCAACACAGGAUGAUGUGCAGAGCGAGCCGCAGGAGAGCCGGAUGAGUACCCCUGUGGAAAAGCAAACAGAGAGUCAAGAAGGGCAGCAAGGUAAGGGCUUGAAGGCCGAUGAUACCUCAGAGUGA